AUGGUUUUAACAAUUAACUGUCAAAAUCAUUCAUCCUCAUCUUCAUCAGAAACAGUAAUUGAUAUUUCAAAUUCGGAUAUUUAUUAUACAGGUAGAAUGGAUACAACCAAUCCUGAUUACUAUACAUUUGAAUGGUCUGGAUGUCAAAUUACUUUAACUUUUACAGGAACAAAAAGCAUAAAAGUAGUUUUAGAUAGUGCUGGUGAUAAUUGGUUUGAUGUAAUCAUAAACAAUGCUCUUUAUGGUGCUUUCAAUGUUAGCUCCACCCCACGUCAAAUGUAUAAUAUCAUUGGUCAAAACAAUUUAAAUCCAUCUCAAACAUAUACUCUUGUUUUAUCAAAGAGAACCGAAGCUUCAUUUGGGCCAGUUAGAUUUUAUGGUUUUGUUGUUGAUAGCACCUGCUCAACUAAACAAUACUCACCACCAACAAAUCGUAAAAUUGAAUUUAUUGGUGAUUCAAUUACAUGUGGAUACGGUGAUUUAGGUACUUCACCAUGUCCAUUUACACCAGAUACAGAAAAUAACUAUGUAACAUAUGGAGCAAUUAUAGCAAGAGAACUUCAAGCUGAAUUAUAUUUAGAAGCAUGGAGUGGUAAAGGUGUAGUUCGUAAUUAUGGUUCCCCAACUAGUACCUCGACCCAAACUAUGCCAGAUUUAUAUCCAUAUAUUCUCCCAACUGAUACAACAACUAAUUGGGAUUUCGAUUUAUUCCAACCAGAUGCUGUUGUUAUUAAUUUAGGUACAAACGAUUAUAGCACUCAACCAGCACCAUCACAAGAGGUAUUCCAAAAUGGCUAUAUUAGUUUUGUAAAUAGUUUAAAAAGCAAUUAUCCAAACAAACCAGAGUUCUUUUUAGUUUGCGGUCCAAUGAUAGGUCAACCAUGUUGUCAAUAUGUUAAAAAUGUAUCAUCAAUUGUUGGUGCCACUUAUAUUGAUCUUGAAGGUAUUCUUACCUCAGAUGAUAUUGGUUGUAAUGGUCAUCCAAAUGAACAAGGUCAUUCAAUUAUGGCCUCAAUUGCUUCACCUAUAAUCCAAAAGACUCUUGGUUGGUAA